GCCCCGCUUUCACCACACUCGCUCCGCCGAACGCAACAGCAGCGACAGCAUCAUGUCUGGCAGAGGCAAGGGCGGGAAGGGGCUCGGCAAGGGGGGCGCCAAGCGCCACCGCAAGGUGCUGCGCGACAACAUCCAGGGCAUCACCAAGCCGGCCAUCCGCCGCCUGGCUCGGCGCGGCGGCGUGAAGCGCAUCUCGGGGCUCAUCUACGAGGAGACGCGCGGCGUGCUGAAGGUCUUCCUGGAGAACGUGAUCCGCGACGCCGUCACCUACACCGAGCACGCCAAGAGGAAGACGGUCACGGCCAUGGACGUGGUCUACGCCCUCAAGCGCCAGGGACGCACCCUCUACGGCUUCGGCGGCUAAAGUCUUUUCGCUCCCGCACUAUUUCCAAGAACCCAAAGGCUCUUUUAAGAGCCGCACACUUCCUCCUAAGAAGAGCUGUGACAUUCUUUUCUCUGAAAGGACAUCAGAAGCGCCUACUAUCCAAUUUCCAAAACUACUUAAAUUUGACGAUUAUGGAAUACUGCUAAAAGACUUUGUGAUUAGAUAAGUCCGAUGUAAUGUUUUCAUUUUGCUGUUAAUGGCGGAAGUUUUUGUUGUGUAAGAUACUUUCUCUUUGCAUACUCCUUAAAUUCCCAUACAAAUGCAGUACCCCACUAAAAAUUAAUUCAAGUGUUCUUUGUAAUCAAAGCUGAGUGUUUACCUUUUGGUUAAAUCUUCACCAAUUUAAGCAUAACAGUCUGGAUUAUUGUUGUCUUGUACUUUAAAAUUUUCGUUUAACUGAAUCCACCGUACAGAAGAAAGCGAAACCAAUUUAUCACUUAGGGAAAAAUAUGAAAGUUGCUCUGAGAUAAAUGUUUUCUUUCUGAUAUUUCUAAAUAAACUUUUCUUUACUAUAA